AUGGCCACCCCGAGCAAGACACCGCCAGGUGCUGACCCUAAACAGCUGGAGCGGACUGGGACGGUUCGGGAGAUCGGCUCUCAGGCGGUGUGGUCUCUCUCCUCCUGUAAACCCGGUUUUGGAGUGGAUCAGCUCAGAGAUGACAACCUGGAGACCUACUGGCAGUCGGAUGGAUCUCAGCCUCACCUGGUCAACAUACAGUUCAGGAGGAGGACGACUGUGAAGAUGCUGUGUAUUUAUGCUGAUUAUAAAUCAGACGAGAGCUACACCCCGAGUAAGAUCUCUGUCAGAGUGGGGAACAACUUCCACGAUCUUCAAGAAAUCCGGCAGCUGGAGAUGGUGGAGCCCAGUGGGUGGAUUCAUAUCUCUCUCUUGAAUCAGCGGACAAACAAGCCAAUCAGCACCUUCAUGAUCCAGAUCGCGGUGCUCGCCAACCACCAGAACGGAAGAGACACGCACAUGCGGCAGAUCAAGGUGUACACGCCAGUGGAGGAGAGCUCCAUCGGGAAGUUCCCGCGAUGCACCACUGUGGAUUUUAUGAUGUACCGCACGAUCAGGUGA